AUGUCCGCCACGACGUACGCACGCACCUGCGUCGAACAGCUCAAUUCCGUCCUCAGCGAUGAGUCUCGGGGCCCGGCUCCUCACCCUUGCUUAGCGUAUGCUGCGUCUUCGCAGAUCUUCGUCACAGUCACUAAACUGGCAUUGUCGUCCCAUGAUGACGGCAUGGUGCGUUGCUCGGCGAUCUUCUUCAACACCCUGAUCGAUUCCGAAGUGGAUGGGGUCGUCGACAACCGGCUCUUCGCACGGGCUCUCGUGGACCUGGUCCGGCGGGCUGAUAAGCAUACUGAAGAGGUGGAAGGCAGGUUGGUGGAGCUCUUGUUCGGCGUGGCCAACAACAUCCGUCUACAGCCUGCUAUUCUUCCGGCCUGGUUUGCACCGCGUUCCGACGAUCAAGAUAAGGACAGACAGACUAUUACGGGGAUGGAGUUUGCCGGCGCGACCAGGAUGAAUGAUUUUCCUCUGUUCUACCUGCUGGUGGAAUAUGUACAUCAUGGGGGGCGUGCGGGCGACUUUGCUCGCACGGGGCUUCUCUACCUGAUUGAAACGGCCUCCAGAUCUAAGAUUCUGGAGAGAUGGCUGAUUGAAAGUGAUCUGGCGACGCUGAUGGCGACAGGGCUGGGCGCGUUGUACAGUCAGUUGGGAAGCUUGUCCUUCGAUCCCAUUGCAGAGGAGGCUCUCCCACAUAUUGUGGCGUUAUCAGAUCAUGCGAAGUACGAAACCGCUCUUCCUCCUCGCUUGGGUGUGAGCAUGGAUUCGUUUAUGUCGUACCUCUUGUUCUGGCAGGAUACCGUCGACCAUUGCAAAUCUGCCGAAGUAAAUGCUACAUUGCUAGAUCAUUUCCAGAUUUUGUUUCUGGAGCAACUUCUGUACCCCUCGUUGCUGGAAUCGUCUGAUGUGGAAGGCGGCUCGACCGCGGCGGUGCUCACCUACCUCUAUCGCAUCUUAGAAUCAAUAGACCAGCAUGAUCUGGUCCAUCGCAUCCUUCAUUUUCUGCUCGCCUCUCCCUCCGAUACGCCGCCCAGAUCGCCGAAUAUGUCAAACAGCCGACGGAAGUCCCUCGAUGUUUUAGCUGCGUUCUCGGAGGAGGCCGCUCGGCCCUCGCCUUCGCUUUUCAAUUUGAAGGAUCUGGCUCUCCUUGGCCUUCAAUCGACCAAUCGCCAGACUGUGUUGGCCACGCUCCGAUUGUUGACCGUCGUCUUGCAGCGCCAUCACUCCUUUGCUCGCUCAUUGGUCCAGACCGUUCCCGGCCAACCAGGUCAGCCGCGGACUGUUGGCGCACUCAAUGCUGAGCUCGAACAGCUUCUCGGACUGGCGACAACUAUCGUUGACGACCCUACGCUAAAUGAAUCUUUCGAGAACUACCUCAAGGACGCCUCGUGGGUUCUGGAGGCGCGUCUUGGUCUUCUACCCGCCGAGGAACAUCUGUCCGAACAGUAUCCUCUGCAGCUUCGGGAAGACGAUGCUAUCGUGCGGGGGCUACUUCACCUCCUCGGAACAUUUUUUACCAAUAGUGUCAUUGUGAACUUGGCGUUGACGGAGGUCUUCACCAGCAUCGCAACGUCGCACCUUAUUUCCCUUGACGGCUGGAUUCUGGUUGAUCCGUCCAAGUAUGAAUACAGUGCCGCAAAUCCCGCCACUAGUGAUCAGCACACUGCGGCACUUGAUCUCUUUGAGCAGAUCCAACUAGCCUAUCGUGCGCCGACUUGGUCGAGUACAGACACCCCAUCGCUUACACGAGUCCUACAGAGUCUGGUGGAACAGGUCCGGCAGUGGCGUGAGGACGUAUCCGAUUUUGACAUCUUGAUCGCGGCCCGACGCGACUUACUUCACCAAGAAGAGGACCCUAGACGGCCGUCAAUCCGCUCGCGACACGCCUCACGGCCCCCGACCCGCUCACCUUCUGCAAAGCCCCCUGCACGCAAGGGGCCGCUGGACUCGGAAUAUGGGUCUCCUCGAGGACGAUCGACGCGGCCGUUCGACGUGCAAAGCGCCACAUCAACGCUUCAGCGCAACGCAGUUGGAUUGUCCAUGCGCGAUCCCUCCGUCUUUUCGACCAAGAGUCGCGAAUCCUCCGUGGCACGGGCGUCGGCCGCAGACGCGUUGCGCAAGCGACUCGCCGAACCGUUCCCCGGGAACCCCUGCGGCGAGGGGGCUGCGCCCAAGAAGGCGCAGAAUCCGGCCGAGGACAUUCAAGUCAAGAGCCCAGGCGAUGUAUUGGCGGGACCAUCCGAGUCCGCAACGCUGGGACACGUCCUGACCAACGUGGUCAUCUUGUACGAGUUUCUGCUGGAACUAUCUGCGAUCGCACAAGCACGAGGGACCCUAUACGAAGAGGCAGGCUACCCAGGCGUCGAGGCGGUGCAGCAGGCUGAUUCCAGCUGA